GGAGCCACGGCCCUAAGGAGCAGCCACUGAAAAGCAUCGCAUGUAAAAAUCUGUUUUGUCGACGGUAGUAGUGACAGCGGUCGCAGGUAGAAUGGCAUCAAUAGUGCUACUAAAGCUGUGGCAGGCAUAGUCAGCGUCACGUUACGUGUAUUAUUGCUGUUACCAACAUUCUAGUGCUGACGCUGCCAUCACGCCAACAAGUCAACGAAUCAUCGAACAACCCAUUGGUUCGUCAGUUGAAUUCACCUUGAGUCGGCUCAUUCAGCCCGUCGAGUCCUGCUCGCGAUUGGUUGUGCGUCUCCCUGGAAGCACACCAGCCAGGAUAAAGGCACGAGAGCGAAGGGCGUAAUAACGAUUCCACAUUUCCCACAAACCGGGCACCAGGGCCAUCGGCAGCGUGAUAAUGAUGAUCACAAUUCUUUGCGGUCGUUUUCCUGCGAUUUCUCCCUUCUCCUCAUCAUCUUGCCCUACCGGGACUCCUCCCACCAGGCGGUAACAACCCUUUCCACGGGCUACCAAUGAGCGCUAGCCGGAGCAUAAGCUCCUCCCUCCGGGCGCAAAGUGAGAAGCUCACGGAGACGCGAUUUUAGACAAAGAUGCUCUUGUCUUCUGGCGCGUCGGAACAAUUCGGAAAGGCACGGAGCAACACGUUCUUGUGUUAUCUGAUCUUUUGAUCUCGUUGCCAGUCUUGCCGGCAACAGUAACUGUGCCCUUAACUGUGAAGCACUAUUGCUAGCGCUGGUACGUUACUGCUGUGGCGUGAGUGCUUCCGGCAGCCUUAAUAGUGAAGAAAGGCCGGUGGCUUCCACGUACACUGUUGCACUGUUGUCGCUGCUAGUAGCCUAUACUGAAUCGCCCCUCCCUUGUGACCUCAUCUUGCCCCCUUCACUCUUAAGGGCGAACCAGAUCUCACGUUUCGACUUCGCAACAUGUGUUGUUACGUCGCGAAAAAGGCAAGCUUGAAGUGAUUGGUUUCCUCGGGCUCGUAGCAGUACAACAUCUGUGACAAAAAUAACAAUCGUAUACCUCGUAAUAAUGGACUAUGCUGAGUAGUGAUCGUGUUUUUUUUUUUGAUUUCGUGCGCUAGAACAGUCAAUCCCUUUUGUGAAUUUGCUUGUUUAUUAGUAAGAAGGAUAUCGACUAGCCGUCGAUCAAUUAAUGAAAACGAAACCCAAGGAGGUCACGUAGAAAAACUAUGAAUAGCUAUCUUCGAGUCGCCACCAGACCAAAUCAAUGCGAUUUGUGCACGGAAUCAACGUGACAAAAAUCAAUCAAUCAAUUAUUGAUUGAACAAUUACGACGACCUCACCAGCUCGACGACCUGAUCGAGGGAAUCGAAACACCAGGACGAAUUUGCUCGUUUUUCUGCGAAAUACUGUGUACUAUGUCUAAUGUAAGUAAGACGAAGUUCUAGGGCAACGAAGCAUAACCCAGUGACCAGAUAGUCCUCAAAAAUCUCUUUGGUUCUUUCUGAGUACAGAAAGACAUCACGUAUCUUCGGAAAUACUGCAAAACAAACGCCAGAUAAUAUGUCAGUGAACAGUGUGGAAUCGGCAGAUGUGGAAUCCGCUGUUGCCAGGGUCCUAUCAGGCUUCGACUGGGCACUUGUUCCGCCCGUUGCAGCGAUGCGGCGGCCGUCAUUAGCUGCACAAAAGAAGCGACUGCAUAUUAAACGCCCUAUGAAUGCGUUUAUGGUAUGGGCGCAGGCUGCGCGGCGAAAACUCUCCGAUCAUCACAAGAAUUUGCAUAACGCCGAACUUUCAAAAACGCUUGGCAAGCUCUGGAAGCAAUUAUCGCAGGAAGAGAAACGUCCUUUUAUCGAGGAGGCCGACAGGUUACGCGUGCUUCAUAAGAAGGAAUACCCCGACUACAAGUAUCAGCCGAGGCGACGCGUUCGCAAAGACGACGACGCCCCCGGUGGCAAAGGCAAUAACGGAGGUGGUACAGAACAACAGCCUGCUUAUCAAUCCAUACCAAUCACCGCUUUUGUGCCCCCUGCGUCUCACAGAGAACCGGCGUAUCACCCGACAGCCCAACAGCUGACUGGCGCUGGAGGCAAUCUUGCAACGGGCGGACUCCCAGUGACCCUCACUACGAGUGGGCUUGGUAGUCUUGGAGGUGACGUAAAACUGUAUGAUUACGCCUCGUCAAUGUCGACCCAUUUCGCCUCCCCAAGCAGCAGCAGCUCGCCAGCGAUGUGUCGAGAGGAUAGCUCCGUGUCGCGAUCACCUCCUACAUCUCCACCGAUCCCGCCAAUCGUCACCGGCCCAUUCGAUUUCGCGUCGAUGCCGGGCACAAACACUAUCGGCAAUAACAGUUCGACCACGUUGACGAACAGCGCCUCGUCCACCGGAGCUACUGGAACGGGCAACACAAUUGGUGGCGGUGCCGUCAACCCUUCGAGUAUGAUUCCAGCGCCGUUCGCGACCACUGCCGGUUCUGGCCACCAUCAUCAUGCGACACCGACGAUCGCGAGCGAAACCACUGCCCUUCUCAAUCCCGCUCAUAGUCCGACUAGCCGACUAGUCGAGUCCGCUACGACUUCAGCAGCUGCUCCAGUUUACCCGUCGACAGCAGCCACAGCUGCCGCAGCAGCUGCCGCUGUCUACCCCAUGUCGAACCACUGUCGCUCGAUGACAGCCGAAGUGUUCAGCGCUUCAGUGAUGUCGUCCGUUGAAAGUCAUAGCCAUCAUAACCCAUUCCUGCCACCGUACCAGACGAACACCAGCGCCGCCUAUCCGGCAACUCCGCCCACGUAUUAUGGUGACUACUAUUUGCCCGCCACGCCAACGGUGGGACCGGGGCUAUCUGCGACGGAUGCAGCAGCAGCAGCAGCAGCAGCUAGCGCCGGCGACUACAUCAAUCAUUUUCCGUCAGUGUUUUGACGGAGACGCGUUGCAGCGAAAUUUUAAAAUGUGUAUCACGAAGAGAGUCGAGUGUCAACACAAUCAAAAUAAACGAUAAUAACAACUAUUAUUAUUACAUACACACAAAUUAUAUACCAUCCCGCCCGUGACGAUGAUCUUACAAUUACGAUGUGAGUAUAUAUAGACAGAAUGAUAUAGUGAAAAUGGCCAGAUGUAGCCGUGAAUUAGCCAAUAGAAGUUAUAGUUAAAAGAAAUUGACUUUAGUGCAUAGGUAACAUUGUUGUGUGCAGAUUGUAAACAGAAGCGCAGUAAAGAUAUUGUUCAGAUGCGUUUGUUUAGCUAGAAAGAGUUCCGCGCGCAGUGCCGAAAAGGCCUCAGCCACUGAACGAUUUCAACGUGUAAAUAUAUGAAGGCUACGAAGUCGUGCUAAUAAAUGAGACGUUAUGAUAAUAACGUUAAUAGUAAAGCGAGAGAACCUGAAAAAAAGUACAGCUGAUUGUAUACAUAAUUCGUUCAUUUCACGCGUCACCUUUUAUAAUACGUAUUCCGUGACCGUAGUCCUAAAAUGUCUAUUUAUGUCAAAGUAAAGCGGCGUUCGUAUAAAGGUAAAAAGAUGUUUUUAUUGUGUUGUGCCGAAUUCUUAGUCUAAUUUUUGUAAUACUUGAGAUACAUCUCGAGAUGGCACGAGGGCUGUUUUUGUCUGACCCGCUUUCAUGUAAGACACUACAAAAUAAAUGGAUUAACAUCGUUCUGACUUGCAGUAUUUUUCAAAGAAGAAACUAUGUCCUUAAAUGAUAAUAACAGACGAUGCUGUUCCUCUUGAUCUUUGAGGUUAUGAAGCAUGUAAAAAUACGAGAAACACAAUACCAAGAAGUGACCGCUAUAGUGGUACAACGCGGUUGGCUUCGGUGGAACGAUACUGUAACGGCCGAAAGUCCUAUGCGCCGAUAUCCUGCACUACGGAACGCUGGGGACCAAUUUUGUGCAUGCGAUAGUGCAGUGUAACUGAUAUUCAGACAGUUAAUACUGUUUCUUGCGUCACUAUAUGAGAAAUUCACGAGAGAAAUGGUCAAUCUAAUCGGCUUGUGUAUACAUCGA